AUGCAUUUCUCCACCCUCGUCACCCUUACCCUCUCCGUCUUCAGCGCGCGGGCGAUUGCAGACAAUUGCUAUAACCAUUUUGACUACUGUGGCACGAGCUUGCUCGGUAUUGGCAAUUACCACGACACCAUGGUGCAAGCGCUCCAUAGCGAGGGACUCAAAUACGACGAUGAUAGCAUUAAUCGCUCGGUUUUCACAUGCGUCGAAGAUGGCUUGCUGGCAUCGCCCCGGUACUGCGAACAUCGCUGUUGGGUGGCGGCUACUGGAAGUCAAAUGAAUGAUACCUGCAAUGAGGAGUGA